AUGGACCAACCAGUCAUCGCCAUCACCUCCAAUUCCCUAAGGGAAGACCUGGGACCUGGCAGUUUGGUAGUCACCUCCUCGAAACCAACCCGAAAGACAUCAUCUGUUGAAAGAGAAGGAUGGUGGAGAAUAGCAUUAACAAACACUCCUAUCCCUGGCACUUACCACUUGAAAACUUUCAUUGAAGAAUCCUCAUUAAAUCCGGUGAUACCAACCUACAAUUUUAAAAACGAAGGAAGGAAAAAACCACCUCUUGUGCAAAGAAACGAUCCGGUACUAAAUGACCUUCCCCUAUAUGCGCCUCCUGACUUCUUGGACUUACUUAAGAAGCAAAUGGCCACUUACUCAUUUAGAGACAAACCACGGUCAAGCCCCAGCAAGCUGGUUUACAAAGAUCAGUCAGUUAAGCUUUCACCAGGGCAAUAUGAUCUCCUUCCUGCACCGGUUCCCAAGCACGCUUCCAGGAGCUUCGUAUUUCGUUCUACAGUUCAAAGAUUUCCAACAAGCUGCUUCACUCCUCAUGAAGGCCCAGGACCGGGUCAUUAUGACUUGAAAAUACCUCCAGUAAAUUCUGUUACUUCCUGUUUUCAAUCCAAAGUACCUCGAUUCCUGCCCACUUGUUCUAAAACCCCCGGCCCAGGAGCAUACAAGUCUUCAGUGCAAUUCCCCAAGCAGCCCCCCACCAUAGCCAAAAUGGGCCGGGAGAAUAGCCUUUUCUUCAACAACACAAUUGGCUUUUAA